AUGCUCAGAGAUGCCUGGCUCCCUCGCCCUGCCUUCGGCCUCACGGGGCUCAGUCUCUUUUUCUCUCUGGUGCGGCCAGGGCUCAGCAUGGAGGUCACGGUGCCCACCACCCUCAACGUGCUCAAUGGCUCGGACGCGCGCCUGCCCUGCACCUUCAACUCCUGCUACACCGUGAACCACAAGCACUUCUCCCUGAACUGGACCUACCAGGAGUGCGGCAACUGCUCCGAGGAGAUGUUCCUCCAGUUCCGCAUGAAGAUCAUCAGCCUGAAGCUGGAGCGGUUCCGGGACCGCGUGGAGUUCUCGGGGAACCCCAGCAAGUACGACGUGUCCGUGACGCUGCGCAACGUGCAGCCGGAGGACGAGGGCCUGUACAGCUGCUACAUCCUGAACCCGCCCGACCGCCACCGCGGCCACGGCAGGAUCCAGCUGCGGGUGCUCAUGGAGGAGCCGCCCGAGCGGGACUCCACGGUGGCCGUGGUGGUGGGCGCCUCGGUCGGCGGCUUCCUGGCCGUGGUCAUCUUGGUGCUGAUGGUGGUGAAGUGCGUGCGGAGGAAGAAGGAGCAGAAGCUGAGCACCGACGACCUGAAGACGGAGGAGGAGGGCAAGGCGGACGGCGAGGGCCUCGCCGAGGAUGGUGCCAAGUAG